CUGCUCGUCAGUCUUCACUGCGCCUUGCACCGACAGCAGCUGAGAGCCGAACUCUGGGACUGGGUCUGGAACUGGGAGUGGGAGUGGGACUGGGAGUGGGAGUGGGACUGUUGUUCUGACUUUAUUUUGUUCCUUUACUGUUGUUCUCCCUGAAGCAGCUUUCCUGUGUAGCUCGUUGUCCCUGUUGUAUUUAUCAAUGUCUCACCCCGUCGUGAAUUCAGACGUGAAAAGCGCCUCGGACAACAGUCCGGAGACUGACACCAGGAACGAAGCGCAACAAGCGCCUCCGCCAAACAACUACCUGCUUCUCACCAUCUUUACAUGCUUCUGUCCGGCCUACCCCGUCAACAUAGUGGCGUUGAUUUUCUCUGUAAUGUCCAUAAGCAGUUAUAACCAAGGAGACCGGGAGGGUGCGGAACGGCUGGGUCGGAAUGCCAAGUGGGUUGCCAUCGCGUCGGUGAUUAUCGGACUCCUAGUCACUGCCAUCUAUUGCACGGUUCACUUCACAACGCUGCUCAGUUAGGAAGCUGGAGGCUGUCCUCAGGCAGACACACAGCUUGUUCAGAAGCCAGCCCUGGGGCCCAUGUGAGAGCAUCGCUCUGUCUUGUUUUCUACCUGUUGAGCAGCUGUGAGUCUGAGGAAGUCUGGAGAGACCGGAGUCAUUCUUGUGCCCAGACACAGCCAGCAACAUGAACAAUCGCUCCUCCAAGAUCUGAACGCCAGAGGAUCCCCCUACUGAAGGACAUCUUUCUCACAAGGCGAUUGUAUUUCUGUUUUUUAUUUCUUUUAUUUUUUAAAGGAUUUACCUGAAGACAGAGUGACUACGGACAAGGCAGCAAUGGCCAGGGAUUCUUUCUUUUAUUU